UCUCGCUCCUCCAGGAGGGCGGGAGGGAGGGAAAAGGCGUGUCUUGCCUGCGCUGCCGCUGCCGCCGCCGCUGCUGGAGGCAGAUCGGAGAUAUAAAAGACCUGGCCAGGCGCCGGGGGUGCCUCCAGUCAGUGCGGACUCUCACGCCGCAGAGAGCGGGGCGCAGCGGAGCGCGCAGGGCGGCGGCGGGGGGCAGCAGCGCAGGCGGAGGCAGCGUGGGGCUCGCCGUGGGCAACCCCAAUGCGUGGACUAUCCGCUGCUGCGUUAUGCUGGAGCUACAGUUCCGCUGAAGGGAGUUUGGGCACUGCCGGCUGGGCUGGACUGCAGCGCUGCUGUUCCUUAUGAAGAAGGCACAAACUUGGAUUAUCACUUGCUUUUGUCUUCAACUGCUCCUACUUAAUCCUCUUGUCAAAGCCCAGAGUUCCUGCGGGAAUCCAGUGACAGAUGAUGUGAAUGACAUUACAAAAUUGGUUGGAAAUCUCCCAAAUGAUUAUAUGAUAACCCUUAAAUAUGUCCCGAAGAUGGAUAGUCUGCCUAGUCACUGUUGGUUGCAUUUGAUGGUGCCUGAAUUUUCAAGGAGUCUACAUAGUCUUCUCCAGAAAUUUUCAGAUAUUUCAGAUAUGUCUGAUGUUUUAAGCAACUAUUUAAUCAUCAAUAAUCUCACAAGGAUAAUUAAUGAUCUUAUGGCAUGCCUGGCUUUUGAUAAAAAUAAGGAUUUUGUAAAAGAAAAUGGUCACCUUUAUGAAGAAGGUCACUUCAUUCCUGAGGAUUUUUUUAGGCACUUUAAUAAUACCAUUGAGGUCUACAAGGAGUUUGCAGAUAUAUUGGAUAAGAAUGACUGCAUUCUACCUUCAACAGUAGGAACACCAGAGAAUGAUUCCAGAGUCGCUGUCACAAAAACAUUUUUGUUUCCUCCUGUUGCUGCCAGCUCCCUUAGGAAUGACAGCAUUGGCAGUAACACUAGCAGUAACAAGAAGGCACUUGGCUUCAUUAGCAGCUCCAGUCUGCAAGGGAUCAGCAUAGCACUGACAUCAUUGCUGUCUCUUCUUAUGGGGUUUAUUUUGGGAGUCAUAUACUGGAAGAAAACACAUCCCAAAUCCAGACCAGAAAGUGGUGAAACUACGCAGUGUCAUGAUUGUCAAGAGGAAAAUGAGAUAAGUGUGUUGCAGCAAAAAGAAAAGGAACAUCUACAAGUGUAGCUGUUGGUUUUUCUCCCUCAACACUGUUACUGUUUUGUGUACUGGCAGGUAACAGUUCCAUGUUCGCUUCAUAAAUGAAGCAUCUUUAAGCACAUUCGUAUUCCUUCUGGAGUGACAGACUGAGUCUGCAUCUGUUGUUGCUGCCCAUGACUCCAUAGACAUGCUAUAGAAAUCAGGGCAAUUUGUGUUUGUUACUGUGAAACCAACACUGAAUUGACGACAAGAAGAGUGUGCAAUUAGCAGGACUGUGUCUAUGUGAGCAUCUACCUUGUUUGGCAUUUGGGGAUUUGUAAUUGCAUUGAAACUUGCAGCUGACUCUGGCAAACAAAGUACAUAUCCUGAACAAAAAGCAUCUUUCAAAUGCCUCCAACUGUGUGUAAUCAUUGAAAGUCAUAAAUACUUUUGCAUCCUUAAUUUAAUUUCUGUGUCCUCUACCUUACCUUCGUGUCUUCAGAUGGAGUUUUCUGAACCAAGAGAAAACAGAAAUGGAUACAGAUAACAUACUCUUCAAUGUUGUAUAUAAAACUUGAAAGCAAAGUCAUGCAAUGGACCUGUGUUCUAGCCUUUUACUUAUAAGGAGUGUUUUUUGCCUGGCAAAAGUAAUGUAUACAGCAACAUGUGGUCUCUGUUGAGUGCCAGGUGGCUAGUUGCUCACCCCAGAAAGCCUCAAGAACUCAUCAGCCUUGGUGGUCUCUGUUUAGGAGAAGCAAGUACUGGAUGAGGAUGAAGUAAGCAGGAGGUGAAUGUACCUAAUGGAGCUUCAAAGCAUUACCCACAUUGCUGGGUAUGUGAACACUGGUGAAAUUUCCAGCCAUGCCAGUGGAAGGGAAAGAGUCUGAAUUGCGUUCAAACAUCAGAAUAAAGACAAACCUAUGAAAUGCAUUUUAAAUGCUGAAGAUGCAUGCCAUUUGUACCUUGUCUUUAAAUGUAUAGCAUAGAAAAUCUGAAAGAUUCUGAGUGUAUUUAGCUUUUACUUACGUCAGCUGUAAUUAAUGUUUGCAUUGUGGUUUAAGUGUUUAGUAAGCUUUAAUAUCCUGUCAUUCUCCACUCUUAAAGUUAAUUCUCCCAAAACAGAAGAGAAAGUCUUUAUUUCCCACUUGUCUUCUGCAUCUUUUGCUGUUAUAGCAUCCAUGGAAUCUACACAAGACUCAUGUACAGACAUGCAUUUUCAAGUAAAUCCAAAAAAUG